AUUACCUAACCACAGCCUUCUUGUGACAUAACCUCAAAUGUUGUUGUGUUUUUAAUAUUUUCUAUUUUUCUAAACAAGAUUUAUUACAAAAUUAAUGGCUAAGUUAGAAUUUGGAUUAAAGCAACAGUGGCUCUUGCAGGAAGGUGUAAUGGACCUAGUGUAAAUAUCACUUGAUGGCAAAGAGUGCUUUGAUUUUUUCUUACUCUACUGCAGGGACAAAUUAUGCCAUUACCCAUGAUUGCCACACCACAGCCAGAGUUUUAUCAUUCGAAAUCGAUAAUAGUAAUCCAUCCGGGCUCUUUAAACUUACGCAUCGGUAGGGCGUCGGACUUGAAUCCUAUAACAGUACUUCACGCAAUCGCUCGUAGGCGUUAUCCUUAUGGUGAAGUGUACAGGGAUUCGUUUCUUCCACCACGAGUUGAUAAUCAAUCGCAAGAAAUUGAAGAGGCACGUUUAUCUGUGUCGCAUACGCUGCAAUCUUGUUUACAAUCAGAUGGAAGACGGAGGUACGCUACACCACCACAGCAAAUUGCAGCGUUCAAUAGACGCUCACAUGCGGAAGUAUUGGCUAAUAGUGGUGGCGAAUGGAUAAAGCCAGAAGGAGAUAUUGUAAUUGGAAACGAUAUUUUAAGAAUGAAUAUCGACGAGCACUUUAAUAUACAUUUUCCUUACAGGCGCGGCGAUUUUAAUAUUCAUACUGGGCCUGGUGGCUCGAUCACAUCCAUCGUUGCUGAUUUGGAGGCUAUUUGGAUUUAUGUUUUGCAGACUUAUUUAAAUAUCGAGAAGAAAGAGUUGCCUAAUUAUAAGGCAGUGCUGAUUAUUCCAGAUGUGUACAACAGGACACAUUUAAGGGAAUUGGUGACAUUAUUGUUGAUAAAUAUGGGUUUUUCUGGUUGCUUCCUAGUGCAGGAUCAUGUUGCCGCUACCUUUGGAUCUGGCUUAAGUUACGCUUGUGUGGUAGAUGUAGGCGAUCAAAAAACCUCAGUAUCAUGUGUUGAAGAUGGAAUCUGCCAUCCUAAUACACGGGUCCGCUUGGAUUAUGGAGGUGCAGAUAUCACCCAAGUAUUUUAUUGGCUGCUUCAGAAAUGUGCAUUCCCAUACAAAACGUGCAGUGACGCCAAUAAGUUGGAUACAAUGUUGCUUAGAAAAUUAAAAGAGGAUUUCUGUCAUGUUAAUUUGGAUAUAUGUGGGUCUUUAGAGAAAACAUUUAUUUUAAAACAACCCCAGAAACCCGUUUUACAAUAUACCAUACAAGUCGGAGAUGAAUGCAUAGUGGCGCCCUUGAGUUUAUUUAGUCCAGAAUUGUUUGGAAUAACUGGAAGUAAAACGGUAUGUACUCAGAAACGUUCAACAGGAGAUCCGGAAGAUCCUCACGAUGAGAAUUACCUAAGAGAAACCAGAAGGAAAGGAAUGAAAGAAAAUUUGGAACCAUCUGCGGACCUGCUUGGCGAUCCCUAUUUAGAACAAGCUGGCGGUGGGAAUAAUGUUAACGAUGACGACAUCGUUGUUGAUGCCAUCGAUAUUGCUCCAGCAAAUUCCGAUAGGGAUUUUAUUGUCAACCCGGGACAAAUAUUGGGAUUGGACCAAGCUGUUCUGCAAAGUAUUGACAGAUGCCCAAAUGAAGAUCUGAAACGAAAGAUGUAUGGUUGUAUUCUAGUGGUCGGUGGUGGUAUGAAGUUUUCCGAGCAGGUUCGUUUCUAAUGUGGUAGUUUGUAUCUAGAGAGAAGGCCACAUAUUUGGGCCCAUUGUACUGCCUCCUUGUGCCUAGAGAUGUUUGACCCCGACUUCACUACUCAAGCUACCGACAGCUUUAACCUCUGCUAAUAUGAAUUUGGAAGUUGUGCGAGUGACAGGGCAAGUGGUGACUCCGGAUAGCAAAAAUGUUGUUUGAGGCAUCAGCAUUUUCUUUUCCUAAUGUGGUGGAUUCUGUAUUGGAUUUUUUGUUUGUAGAGCAACUAGACAUUAUCACAAAUCCUCGUGACAUGGAUCCAGCCAUGGCCGCCUGGAAAGGAGCAUCGAUAAUUUCUUGUUUAGAAACCGCGCAUGAACUUUGGAUUACGGCCAAUGAGUGGGAGAAGUAUGGU